UUCUCAAUUUAUUUAUAUGUUUUAGCAUUAAAUUUUUUCCUCUUUUCCUUUUUUUUCUUCUUUUGCUUUGUUUUCGGAGAAAUUGGUAGUAGGACACUCAUGCCCACAACCUUUAUCCUCUAAGCAUUCUUAGAAGUCCAUAGUUUUUGUAGGGUGCACCGGAGUCCCAUAUUAUAUCCUCUACUGUGAGUGUAGUGUUGAAAUCUUCUAGUACUAUCCAAGCCCCAUCCAUUGACGUUUGGAUAUUUCUUAAUACUUUCUGAAUCUCCUUUCUCUCAGAUAUAGUAUUGAAGUCGUAGAUAAAUGUCAUGAAAUAUUUGAAUUGUGAUUCCUUGUCUUCUACAUAGCAAUGUACUACAUGUGGUCCAGAAUGCAUGAUCUGAACUCUUACCAAAGCUUGCUUCCAGCAUAUCUGAAGUUUGCCAUUAGGCUUUUUUGAGUAAUCUGCAAAGCGGCAAAGCCUUAUUUCUUUAUAACUAAGGUUUUAUCUGAAACUACAUUAUAAACUUCCUGAUUUGCAAGUAUUUAAUAUAUUUAACACCAAAAGUCACUUACUACUCAAAUUACAACGUCACUUAUUACCAUAGAUUUUUUUAGGUACAUCACACUGUAUCUAGACUCUGUGUGAACACGAGAUGCUUCGUGUACCGAACUACCCUUUAUAUACAACUAUUAAUCUCUUGUCUCUUUAACACCACUAGCACCAAAUGGGUGCAAAAUCUGAAAAUAGACUGGGUAAUAAUUAAGAAUAAUGAACAGAAUUUGCCCUAUUAACUAAAGAUGGGGAUUUAGUAUUAUGCCUACAUCAUAUCGUGCUUCAUUAUCCCGAAAAAGUAUUGGUUUUAUAGGUUAAGAAGAUGUUCCAGGAAAGGUAGGUGUAAUUGAAAUUGUUAUCUAUUUGCAAUUGGUUGUUACUUAUCUGAAGGACAAGUAAAUCUUGUAAACUAAUAACCAAAUGAUGCUUUAGUGAAUUGUAUUACAAAAAAAAUUCUAGCAGUAAAAUAUAGUCAUUUGACACAGAGAAAUUGUGCAAAACUUGAUGUAGUGGAACAAAAUAAAAAUACCGGAUGCAACGAUAUUGAAAUAUUUGGUACAUGAAGCCACGAUUUGAUAGAUAUACAUCGAAAUCUACAAUCAUUGCUCAACUUUGUUUUGCCUCCCUGUCUUUAUUUCUUCCACAAUUGUGUUUCUAUUUGGAAUUUGUCCUAUUAACUAAAUUUAAUGUGUUUCUUUUUUAAAAACAUGAAAUGUGUUUCUUUCCUAUUCGAAUGUCAAUGAAAAACUUGAAUAUCAUUUUUUGGACUUCUUUAAAUCAUAUCUUUGACGUAGUGGGCUAAAUUGUGGUUCUAAUUAUUUAUAAAACUUGUGUGUAUUUGACAAGUUUCCAUUCUAAUGUAACUUAAAAUCUAGGUUCUCUUUUGUGUGUUCUUUAUUGAGUUGAUUAGUAAGAGUUGUUGCUGGUUUGUUUAGUUAAAUUCUCAAAAAAAAUUAUUUAUGUAGAUGGAAUUUGCACAUCGUAAAUGGAUGUAUAAUAGAACUCAUCCUAAUCGUGCGGGGUUGUAGGAGCACUUGGAUAGGCGUCGCGACUUUGGGUAUUGUAGGAGAAUAAAGGUUGAGGAGGUUAAGGGAGCUGUUCGUAGGAUAAGCAGGGAAAAAGCGACCGGACCUGACGAGAUCCCUGGGGAAUUUUGGAAGAAUGCAAGUAGGGUAGGAUUGGAGUGGCUGACUGCGCUAUUUAAUGUCAUUUUCAGGACAUCAAAGAUGCCAGAAGAAUGGAGGUGGAGUACAAUCAUUCCCGUGUACAAGAACAAGGGAGACAUUCAAAGCUGCACCAACUAUAGAGGUAUCAAGCUGCUAAGUCACACUAUGAAGGUGUGGGAAAGGGUGAUAGAAACGAGGGUGAGGAGUAGUGUGUCUAUUUCAGAGAACCAAUUUGGAUUCAUGCCGGAGCGCUCGACUACAGAAGCCAUUCAUAUUUUAAGGAGAUUGGUGGAGUAGUAUAGGGAGCGAAAAAGGGACUUACACAUGAUAUUCAUUGACCUAGAAAAGGCCUAUGACAAGUUCCAAGAGAGGUCCUAUGGAGAUGCUUGGAGGCGAAAUGUAUACCUGUGGCGUACAUUAUAGCGAUUAAAGACAUGUAUGAUGGAGCUAAGACUAGGGUAAGGAUGGUAGGAGGGGACUCGGAGCACUUUUCUGUUACGAUGGGGUUGCACCAGGGAUCGACUCUUAGCCCAUUUCUAUUCGCCCUGGUGAUGGAUCAAUUGACAAGACAAAUACAAGGUGAGGUGCCUUGGUGUAUGUUGUUCGCGGAUGACAUAGUCCUGAUUGACGAGACUCACAACGGAGUUAACGACAAGCUGGAGGGCUGGAGACAGACGUUGGAGUCUAAAGGAUUUAAAUUGAGUAGGACCAAGACAGAAUACUUGGAGUGCAGUUUCAGUGGCCUGCCACGUGAGGCUGACGGGGAAGUGAGGCUUGGUACCCAGGCCAUUCAAAAGAAAAGAAGCUUCAAGUACCUUGGGUCUAUUAUACAGGAAGAUGGGGAUAUCGACGACGAUGUUUCACACCGUAUCGAUGCAGGGUGGAUGAAAUGGAGUCUCACCUCCGGAGUGUUGUGUGACAAGAAAGUGCCACCAAAACUCAAAGGCAAGUUCUACAAAGUGGUGGUUAGACCGACUCUAUUGUACGGGGUGGAGUGUUGGCCAAUCAAGAAACUUCAUGUUCAGAAGAUAAAAGUCACGGAAAUGCGAAUGCUGCGGUGGAUGUGUGGGCACACUAGGAUGGAUAGAAUUAGGAAUAAAGAUAUCUGAGACAAGGUGGGAGUGGCAUCAGUGGAGGACAAGAUGCGGGAAGCGAGACUGAGAUGGUUUGGGCAUGUGAAGAGGAGAGACACAGAUGCUCCAGUGCGGAGGUGCGAGAGGUUGGCUAUGGACGGUUUCAGGAGGGGCAAAAGGAGGCCGAAGAAGUAUUGGGAAGAGGUGAUUAGACAUGAUAUGACACAGUUGCAGCUCACCGAGGAUAUGACCUAAGAUAGGAGGCUAUGGAGGACUCAGACUAAGAUAGUGGGUUAGGUGGCCUAUCUUUUCUCCAUAGUAGUCGUAGUCGCGCUCAUUUGUUUAUUAACAUGUGAUUUUUGCAUGAGAUUACUGCUUAUAUUAGUUGGCCCAAUCUACUUUGGGUAUCCUAUUUUAUCUAUAGUAGUUAAUGCUCCUUUAUCCCCGAUUUUUCCUACCCUGACUUUAUCGCUCUCAUUAUUCAUAUUUUUAUAUUGUUUGCUAUAUGCCUGGCUCUACUGACCUAUGUCUUGUUUUCCUUGUUUCUCCUCCCUUGUUCUUCUCUCUUAAGCCGAGGGUCUUUCGGAAACAGCCGCCCUACCUUUUAAGGUGGGGGUUAGUUCUGCAUACACUCUACCCUCCCCAGACCCCACAUGGUGGGACUAUACUAGGUUUGUUGUUGUUGUUGUAUCCUAAUCGUGCGGGGUUGAGGGUGGAAUUUUAGACGGAGUUAAAGAAUUUAUUGCAAAGGCGAAAACUAGAAAUGAUUUUCUUAUAGAAGAUACAACAAGGUGCCCUUGUGCGAAACGCAAGUGUGUCAAGUUAUUGAAAUCGGAUAAAGUUGAAUUUCAUAUUUUGAAGAAGGUGUUUAUGAAAAAUUAUUAUGUGUGGACAGUUCAUAGAGAGAAUGAUGCCAAUGUAGCUAAUGUUGAUUUUUAGAAUACGUUUGAUGGUGAGGAUAGUCCAUAGAGAAUAAUAAUGUUGAAAAUUCUAGAUUCAAUGAAAUGUCAAGGGAUGCUUUUUGGAUGUUCCCAGGGGUUCAAUCUGAACCAAAUGAUGAGGCUAAGCGCUUCUAUGAACAGUUAACUGAAGCUAGUCGUCCAUUAUAUGAAGGUUCAAAACAUUCUAUGUUGUCUGUUGUUGUUAGAUUGCUAAGUAUAAAAUCGGAUUAUUUGAUUUCUCAAGCGGGCAUGGAUACCAUCAUUGGGCUUAUGAAUGAGCUUAAUCCGAGUAAAAUUGAAUUACCCAAAGAUUUCUACACGACAAAGAAGUUGAUUUCUAAGUUAGGACUUUCAUCAGAGGAUUGACUGUUGUGAAAAAGGUUGCAUGUUAUUUUAUAAAGAUGAUGUAGCUUUAGAAAAUUGCAAAUUUUGUAAUCAAGCUCGUUAUAAGGAAGUCACAAAUGUCAAAAAGAAGAAGGUUCCAAUAAAGGCAAUACAUUACUUACCCCUUAUACCUAGGCUAAAGAGGUUAUAUGCAUCAAUGAGCUCUGCUCUUCAUAUGAGAUGACAUUAUGAACAUAAAAGACCACCUGCUGUUCUAUAUCAUCUGUCAGAUGGAGAAGCAUGGAAGCAUACUUUGCUAGUGAACCUAGAAACAUUAGGUUGGGAUUAUGUAUUGAUGGAUUCACUCCAUUUGCGGUCUUUGCUACAUCAUAUUCAUGUUGGCCAGUGUUUGUUACGCCAUAUAAUCUUCUCCAUGAGUUAUGUAUGACAAGUCCAUAUUUGUUCCUAACUUGCAUUGCUCCAGGUCCACACAAUCCAAAAAGUUUGAUUGACAUAUACGUGUAGCCUUUGAUCGAUGAGUUAAAGUUGUUGUGAAAUCAACGUGUGAAAACAUAUGAUGUAUUCCAUAAACAGAACUUCAUAUUGCGUGCUGCUUUGAUGUGGACUAUAAAUGAUUUUCCUGCUUAUGGAGUGUUGUCCGGGUGGUCAACUGCUGGUAAGUUAGCUUGCCCAUGUUGUAUGGAAGACACAAAAGCAUUCACAUUGAAACAUGGAGGUAAGAACUCAUGGUUUAACUGUCACCGCCGGUUCUUGCCAAUGGAUCAUGAAUUUAGGAGAAAUACUAGUGCAUUUAUAAAGAACCAAACUGAUUUUGAAGAUCCACCAGCAACUUUAUCACCCGAAGAAAUUUGGCAUAGAGUUAGGGAUCUACCUAAGAUAACGGAUUCUCCACUAUCUAAGAUACCUGGUUAUGGUGUUAUACAUAAUUGGACAAAACAGAGCAUAUUUUGUGAGUUACCUUAUUGGAAGCUUAACCUUCUUCGACAUAAUUUCGAUGUCAUGCAUAUCGAAAAAAACUUUUUUGACAACUUAUUUGAUACUGUGAUGGAUAUCAAUAACAAGACAAAAGAUAAUUUGAAGGCUAGGAUGGACUUAAAAGAAUAUUGCAGGCAAAGUGAGUUGUACUUGACAUACCUUAACAACAAGAUUCAAAAGCCCAAGGCUAGUAACACAUUCACUCUGGAUGAGAAGAGAGAGAUUUGUGAUUGGGUUAAGAAUUUGAAGUUGCCUGAUGGAUAUGCUUCAAACUUAUCUAGAUGUGUCGAUAUGAAAGAAGGAAAAUUGAUGUCUAUGAAAAGCCAUGAUUGUCACAUUUUCAUGGAAUCUUUGAUGCCUAUUGCAUUUAAUGCCUUGCCUGAUAGAAUAUGGAAACCCAUCACAGAAAUAAGCCUUUUUUUCAAAGAGUUGUGUAAACCUAAAUUACAUGGAAAGUAACAUUUGUCUAGCUUUAAACAAGUUGGAAAAAAUAUUUCCUCCUGGCUUUUUCAAUGUAAUGGAAUAUCUCCCAAUUCAUCUUGUGCAAGAGGCACGACUUGGAGGGCUAGUUCAAGGUAGAUGGAUGUAUCCAUUUGAGAGGUAAUGAAUUUUAAUUAUUUUUCUUCUGUGUUUGAAUUAAAAAAUCUUUCAUCUAAGAGUCAUACUUUACAGGAUUAUUGGCAAAAGUAAGAGAACCAUAAAAAAUAGAUCGAGAAUGGAGGGAUCGAUACGUGAAGCAUAUAUCGCAAGAGAAACUUCUCAUUUUGAUUCAUACUGUUUUGAAAAUGAUGUGCCUUGUUUGAUAAAUAGACCCAAUCAACAUGACGAUGGAGGAAUUAUCGAUCCUUUAUUACCACCCUUUUCCAUAUUCAAUCAUCCAGGAAAAGGAGGUCCAGAACAUACUCCAAAGCGAAAGUUAAUUGAGAUGGAGUUAAAGUCGGCUACAACACAUGUAUUAUUGAAUUGUCCCGAGGUCCAACCUUAUCAUAGUUUUUUUGUUGGUACAUAUGGGAAUGAUGCUGUUUAUUCUAGAUUUUCAGAGUGGUUUAGAGAAUAUGUUCAUAAUCCAAUUAAUGUCAUGGAUGUCGUGAAUGUCUAAUUUUUGCGUGAUAUUGCUUGGGGACCUGAUCGUAGAGUCAGAAUAAUGUCUAAGUACUUCAUCAAUGGAUACAAGUUUCAUACAGAAGAAUGGUCCAAAUGCAAGAAAACCAAUAAUAGUGGGAUGUGGGUGAAAGGAGUGAUCAGGGAGCAAGUUACAUAAAAUAAUUAGAUUGCAGCAUCAGGAGGAGACAUAUAGGGUGUUAUGUUGGUUAAAAGCUAGAAGCAAUUCGAGGGUCUCAUCUUUUUAGGCAAUGAAGAAGGCAUCUGUAAAGCGUCGAAAACAUACAACUAAGAAGAAACAACACAAUUCGCAACCAGCUUCAAGUCACUCAAGCCAGCAAUAUGUAGCUCCUCCUGAGGCAAAUUCAUUGCCACUCACCUUACCUCCUCAACUAACUUCACUACCAUCUGUCGUUCCUCCUCAACAGACUUCACUGCCACCCAAUAUUCCUUCUCCGUCGACUUCAUUACCUCCUGGAUUUCCUCCCCUGUCGACUUCAUUACCACCUUCGUUUUUUAGUGUACCACCACCUGGACCUAUCAAAAAUUAUUCCACAGCUUCUCAGGGCAUGAAUACAAGUCUUGAUUAUAAUAUUGUGCCCACACCUCAUAUAAAUUCUUCUUCGAGUUGCCAUAUAAGUCAAAAUGGUAACUCCUCAUCUCAGAUUCCAUCAUUGACUCCAGCUGAAUCUCCAACGUCAUCAACACCUAGCAUAUCUAUGUCAAAUAUUGGAAUCCGUAUACCAGCAUCACCAUCUAUCAGUAGUACUAUUGCACCAGCCUUUUCAAGGACUCAAAAUGUUGGAGAUACUAGAGAAUAUGAUUCUUAUCAUAGAUUGAUUAUCACCCUUGAUAAGGAUGGGUUUGCGCCAUCAUAUGUCGUCUCCCAUAUGGUUUCAGAAUCUAUUCAACCAUUCUUCAAUGAUGCUUGGGGUAGAUGGAAAGACUUUCCGUACAAUAUCAAGGAACAAAUAUGGAAUCAAUUUAGGACAAAGUUAAAAGGUGAAGAGGUGUCUGAUGUUGAGGUAUUUGAGGAGAUGCCUAAGAAAAGAAAUAAAGAUGGUACAAGGGGAGAAUGGGUAGAGUCACGUGCAGAGGAGACAUUUGUUGGAUUUCAAAGAGGCUUGGACGAAUGGCAUCAAACACAACCUACUUCCGAGGCUGGUUCCACAACCCAACUAUCAUCUGAUGAUAUUGCUUCAAUAUGGACAAAUGUGGCAGGAGGUGUGUUGGAAGGUAGAGUUUAUGGGCUUGGAGUACAACCUUCCUCGUGUCUUCCAUCACCAUUGUUGUAUGGUGCUUCUACUACUCAAUCUACGGAAGAAAUGGAAGGAAUGAGAAGACAGAUUUCAGAGUUGACAGAACGACUUCAAAUAUCUGAAGCUCUUUGCUAAAGUGGAGAAGUUCAUGGAGAAACAUAUGGCUGGAUAUGAUGAUGGUGAAGAAGAGACUGAUUCUGAUGAAGAGUAGAUUGUUUCUGACUAUUUAGAUAUUUUCUAUGAUAUUUAGACUUGUUUUAAACUAUUUACUUCUGUUUUUAAUAACAACUAAAUACUUAUUAGACUUGAUUUUGAUGAUGCUUGAACUUUUAGACUUAGUUAUAUUGAAUGAAAUUUGAAUGUUUAGGAAUGUA